AUCUACCAGCCGACACGGUCACAACAAGAAAGUCGUCAUGGCAACUUUAAAAACCAGAGGCAACAGUCUCCAAUUAGGUGAGGUGGCGACUUGUCCAGAAUGUACACCGCCUUCCGCCCGAAUGCAGCUGGGAUAGGCUCCAGCACCCACCACGCGGUGGAAAACGGACGCUCUCGACACUGGCCACUAGAUGUCAGCGUUGCCACCUUCAUGCGGCUGCAAUAGGCUUGAAUUAUCUGCAUGUUGCAUGUGUUGUAUUAAAUGAUACAAAUGUUGUAACAUGUUGCAGAUUGCCUUUAUUAUCAAUUUUAAUCUAUUUUGUGUCAUAAUGGAGUUUGCACCAGAGAGAGAGAAAGAGAGAGGGAGGGAUGUUGGCAGGAUGUGGGCGGGGCUUGGCCUCUCCUGUCUUCUCCCCAGCUGCUCCUCCUCCUCACUAGUCAUCUGCAAAUGAAUGGAGGCACACCGGCUGCAGUUCACUGCCUCGCUUUGACAUGACAGGACCGUAACUCACACCAAAACAAAAUCCUCCAGGCUGGAUUUGCAAAAACGUUGGAUUAUUUUUGGGGGCAUUUUUUUUUUUUUUUGCAUUCAUCUAACCACCCUGGAUUUUAUCAUCACCACCUGGAAGCUUGUGCAACUGGAUGAUUUUUUUAAAAUGUUAUUUCAAUUGCUGCGGGAGAUUACAUCUGGUGCAUUGUCAGUAAUUUAAAGAUUUGCCUUGGAAGCUUAAAAAAAAAAAAAAACCGAUGUGAAUCAGAGUUCCGUGCGGUGGGGAAGCUGUGGGUCCAAACAGCUGUGUCGUGUCGAGACAUUCGUGGAUUAACCUUUUUUUUUUUCCCUCCCCCCCCUUUCUUCCUUGACAAUCUCCAUACAUUUCUCCCUCAAAAAUAGGGGGAAAAGGGCGCCAAAAUGCGCCUGUUUUUAAAGCAAUCAACCACAUGAGUGGAGGCCAAACAAACAAACAAACAAACAGUGUGCUACAAUUCCCCUUCUUUUCUCCAUAACUGCUGAAAUUAACCUGCUGGAAAAUAUGGAGGGUGAGGUUUUCAGCCCUCUGCUGGAGCACUUCAUGCUGUCGCCUCUGGUCUGCUGGGUGAAGACUGCAGGACAGCCCAAAGUGACAGAUGGCAACAAACUAUCCGAAUAUGUGGAAUUAGUGGAUGGAGUUUACCUCAAUGAGGUCAUGCUGGAGAUAAACCCCAAGGCCACGGUGCAGAGGACCAACAAGAAGGUGAACAAUGACCCCACGCUGCGCAUCCAGAACCUUUCCAUUCUCAUCCGGCAGGUCAAAGCCUACUAUCAGGAGACGCUGCAGCAGCUGGUGAUGAUGCCCCUACCCAAUGUGCUGGUCCUUGGCCGCCACCCUCUCACUGAGCGAGGUCUGGAGGAGAUGAAGAAACUGCUGCUGUUACUGCUGGGCUGUGCAGUCCAGUGCGAGAAGAAGGAAGACUACAUCGAACGCAUCCAGACUCUGGAUUUCGACACCAAAGCAGUCAUAGCGUCCCACAUCCAAGAGGUGACGCACAACCAGGAGAACGUUGUGGACCUCCAGUGGUUGGAGAGCGAGGAGAUGCCUCCUGACGACCUGGAGAACCUGUCCAGGAACCUGGCGCUCCAUCUCAAACAUGUGGUGGACGAGCGAGACACACAGCUGGAGACUAUCGUGGAACUAACCCAGGAGAGAGACUGUGUCCAGCUGUCCCCGCUUGGUCCCGGUCCGGCCCACUCCCCCAACGGAUCCCCCAGCAUGAGGAGGACGGAGAGCCGGCAGCACCUCUCCGUGGAAUUGGCUGAUGCCAAGGCCAAGAUCCGACGUCUGCGGCAGGAAUUGGAGGAAAAGAGCGAGCAGCUCCUGGACACCCGGCAAGAGCUGGAGAACAUGGAGGUGGAGCUCAAGAGGCUUCAGCAGGAGAGCUACCAGCUGCUGUCGGACGCCCGCUCGGCCCGGGCGUACCGCGACGAGCUGGACGCCCUCCGGGAAAAAGCCAUCCGCGUGGACAAACUGGAGAGCGAGCUGAGUCGCUGCAAGGAGAGGCUUCAUGACAUCGAGUUUUACAAGGCCAGAGUGGAGGAGCUGAAGGAGGACAACCAGGUGCUGCUUGAGACCAAAACGAUGCUGGAGGAACAACUGGACACCGGCAGGACCCGAUCUGACAAACUCCACCUCCUGGAGAAAGAGAAUCUGCAGCUAAAAUCCAAAAUGCAUGACCUGGAGAUGGAGCGAGACUCCGACCGUAAGAGGAUGGAGGAGCUGUUAGAGGAGAAUCUUGUGCUUGAGAUGGCCCAGAAACAGAGCAUGGAUGAGUCCUUGCACCUGGGCUGGGAGCUGGAACAGCUGUCCAAAACACCAGAUUUGACUGAAGCCCCACAGAAGUCUCUGGGCGAGGAGGUGAACGAGCUGACGUCCAGCCGCCUGCUGAAGCUGGAGAAGGACAACCAGACGCUGCUGAAGACGGUGGAGGACCUAAGGGGAGCUGCCAGUCACGACAACGUCACAAAACUGGGCAAAGUCAGCCAGGAGAACCUGACUCUCAGCCAAAAACUGCAGCAGCUGGAAAGCGAACUGGCGGCGGAAAGAGAGUCGCUCUGCAGCGCCGAGUCUCUGAGCACUGACCUGAUGAAAGAGAAGGCUUUGCUGGAGAAGACACUGGAAACCCUCAGAGAAAACUCAGAGAGACAGCUCAAAGGUCUGGAACAGGAGAACAAGCACCUGAGCCAGACGGUGUCGUCACUGCGUCAGCGCUGCCAAGUCGGCGCCGAGGCUCGGGUUAAGGACGUGGAGAAGGAGAACCGCAUCCUCCACGAGUCCAUCUGCGAGACGACGGGCAAACUCAACAAAAUGGAGUUUGAACGGAAACAACUACGGAAAGAACUUGAAGCCAUGAAGGAGAAAGGCGAGCGAGCGGAGGAGUUGGAGAUUCUGAUGCAGAAGCUGGAAAGGGAUAACGAGAGUUUGCAGAAGAAAAUCGCCAGCCUGGGAAUCACCUGUGACAAGGUGUCUUCAUUAGAGAAGGAGAACACCGAGCUGGAGGCAGAGGGCCGCCGCCUCAAGAAAAAGCUGGACACUCUCAAGAACAUGGCCUUCCAGCUGGAGGCGCUUGAGAAGGAGAACUCCCAACUGGAGCAGGAGAACCUGGAGCUGCGACGCUCGGCCGAGAGCUUCCGCUCGGCAGGCGUCAAGGCCGUGCAGCUGGAGGCCGAGAACAGGGAACUGGAGAGUGAAAGGAGCCAGCUGAAGCGUAGCCUGGAGCUCCUCAAAGCAACAUCUAAGAAGACGGAGAGAUUAGAAGUGAGCUACCAGGGCUUGGAUACGGAGAACCAGCGCUUGCAGAAGGCGUUGGAGAAUAGCAGCAAGAAGAUCCAGCAGUUGGAGACGGAGCUGCAGGAGGUGGAGUCUGAGAACCAAACCCUUCAACGUAGCCUGGAGGAGCUGAAGAUCUCCAGCAAGCGCCUGGAACAAUUAGAGCAGGAGAACAAGACGCUGGAGCAGGAGAGCUCCCAGCUGGAGAAGGACAAGAAGCUCCUGGAGAAGGAGAACAAGCGGCUGAGACAGCAGGCCGAGAUCCGCGACUCCAAGCUGGACGACAGCAACCAGCGCAUCUCCAGCUUAGAGAAGGAGAACCGCACCAUGGGCAAGGAGAUGAUCUUCUUCAGGGACUCGUGUACGCGGGUCAAAGACCUGGAGCGGGAGAACAAGGAGCUGCUGAAACAAGCCACCAUCGAUAAGAAGACCUUCAUCACGCUCAGAGAGGAGUUAGUGAGCGAGAAGCUACGCACUCAGCAGACCAACAACGACCUGGAAAAACUCACCCACGAGUUGGAGAAGAUUGGUCUGAACAAGGAGAGGCUGCUGCAUGACGAGAACUCGGACGACAGGUUUAAGCUCCUGGAAAGCAAACUGGAGUCGACUCUCAAGUCCUCGUUGGAGAUCAAGGAAGAGAAGAUCGCCGCGCUAGAGGCCAGGCUGCAGGAGUCGUCCAACCUUAAUCAGCAACUACGACAGGAGCUCAAGACAGUGAAGAAGAACUACGAGGCUCUGCGGCAGAGGGAGGAGGAAGAAAGGAUGGUGCAGAGCUCGCCCCCUAGAGGAGGGGAGGGCCCACAGGCGGUCAGUAAAUGGGAGAAGGAGAGUCGUGAGGCUACCAGGGAGCUGCUGAAGGUUAAGGACAGACUCAUCGAGGUGGAGAGGAACAAUGCCACGCUGCAGGCAGAGAAGGUGGCGCUACGGAGCCAGCUCAAACAACUGGAGGCGCAGAGCUCCAACCUGCAGGCUCAGAUCGUGGCCGUGCAGAGGCAGACAGCCUCCUUGCAGGAGAACAACACCUCUCUGCAGACGCAGAACGCCAAGCUGCAGGUGGAGAACUCCACCCUGAGCUCACAGGGCGUCGCCCUCAUGGCCCAGAAUGCUCAGCUGCAGAGCCAGCAGAGCAGCGUGGAAGGCGAGCGCGAGAGCGCACUAAGGGAGAAGGAGGAGCUCCGGUCCACCUACGAGCUCCUCCUCCGCGACCACGAGAAGCUGGCGGCACUCCACGAUAGGCAGGCGACCGAGUAUGAGGCCCUCAUCGGGAAGCAUGGCGGCCUGAAGAGCUCCCACAAGAGCCUGGAGCAGCAGCACCGAGACCUGGAGGACAAGUACAAGCAGCUCCUACAGAGGAAAGGAGAUUUGGAAGAUCUGGAGAAGAAUCUGAAGGAGCAGCAAGAUAAAAUUACCCUGGAGAACCAGAACCACCGAGCCACAGCCAACCAGUGCAAACUGCUCAAAGAGGAAAACGACAGACUAAACACAACGUACCGCCAGCUACUGAAGGACAACGAGAGCCUCCAGGUGGAUCACAAGAACAUCAAGAGUCAGCUGAACAGUGCCAAGCUGGAGCAGACCAGGCUGGAGGCCGAGUUCUCCAAGCUGAAGGAGCAGUACCAGCAGCUGGACAUCACCUCCACCAAGCUGACCAACAAGUGUGAGCUGUUGAACCAGCUAAAGGGCAACCUGGAGGAGGAGAAUCGUCAUCUGCUGGACCAGAUCCAGACCCUGAUGCUUCAGAACCGCACCCUGCUGGAGCAGACCAUGGAGAGCAAAGACCUGUUCCACGUGGAGCAGAGACAGUACAUCGACAAGCUGAACGAGCUGAGGAGGCAGAAGGAGAAACUGGAGGAGAAGAUCAUGGACCAGUACAAGUUCUAUGACCCCUCGCCUCCACGCAGGCGGGGCAACUGGAUCACUCUGAAGAUGAAGAAGCUAAUCAAGCCCAAAAGCCGGGAGAGGAUGCGCUCCCUCACGCUGACGCCGUCACGUUCCGAAUGCGGCGACGGUUUCCUGUCUUUUCCCCCGGACAGCCAGGACAGCUCGUCCAUCGGCUCCGGUUCCAACUCGCUAGACGACACUCUCACGCAAAAGAGGAGCAGCAGGAGGAAAGGGCAGCGGUGCCUUGCCCAAGGGCAAGGCUCAACCAAUGCUUUAAAAAGGUUGCCUUUCAUGAGGAACAGAUCCAAGGACAAGGACAAGGCCAAGGCCAUCUACCGGCGCUCCAUGUCCAUGAACGACCUGCUGCAGACCAUGGCGGUGGCUAGCGGCCCCGGCGCCGACUGGGCCGGCAGCACCGACAUCCUAGAUGGCGCCGAAACGGGAGACGUGGGGCGGCGCGGCGGCCAACGCAUGAAGGAGCUCGCCUUUUCCACCAAUGCCAUCGACUGUGCGGCGCUCACGCUGCCCUCUGCUGGACACAGGAGGGCCAAGCACAGGCUCCAGGUCAAAGAUAACGCCUCCUGUGAAGAUGUAGCAGCCUCCUCAGACGACCCAAAGAGUCAAGCCUCCAGACCCUCCAGUUUCCAUAGCAACAGGACCACCAGUAGUAAUAGUAACAAUAACUCCCAGCUCACCUCUCCCCUGGAGGGCAAAGGCACGUUGAACGGCAGCCUGAGUCGUCCUCACAGCGAGAGCAGCGGCGAGUUCAGCCUGAGUUUGGACCAGGAGGCGUGGUCAAGCAGCGGCAGCAGUCCCGUCCAGCAGCCUUCGUCCUCGCGCUCGUCCCACCAGAGCCCCGUGCCCACCCGGUGCUCCUUGGAGCCGCCGGGCAACGCCACGGGAAGCACCGCCCCGCUUCAGAUCAAGAAGACGGCGUCGCCGGGCAGCGAGGUGCUUUCUCUGCAGCAGUUCCUCGACGAGGGCAUCGACCCCGCAGAGUCGGGCAGCCAGGAGAACCUGACCGUGGACUCUCCUCGCCUCUCCACUUCGUCUGACCGCACCCCCAAAGAGCGCCCCGCCACCAGAGGGCGCGGCAUCCUACGCUCCUCCAGCGGGAAAGCGGCGCCAGUCAGCGCCGAUCGCCCGCCCAGAUCCUCGGGGCAACCGGGGCGCCCGACCCUGCGUAAGGCGGAGAGCACCCGUGUGAGAGGCUCGGCCCGGCCCAGCCUGUCCUCGCAGGGCAAGGCCACGUCGGUGUCGGAGCGCCUGGACUCGGCCUCGUCCACGCUGCCCCGCGCCAGCAGCGUCAUCUCCACGGCGGAGGGCAGCUCGCGGCGCACCAGCAUCCACGACAUGCUGUCUAAGGACAGCCGCCAGCCCGUGUCCGUCGACGCGUCACCUCCAGCCGGCGCCGCCAAACCCGGGCUCCGUGCCCAUCCCGCACCCAGUGAGUACCACCCAAAGGGACCCUCUAGCACCACCUUUCCAAAGUCCACCAGCUUACCCUGCCAUAGCGGGGACGACCCCGACCUCCCGACCCUCGAGUCUUUCCUGGGCCCUUCCUUCACCGCGGAGUCGGUCUUCAUGGACUCAAUCUUUAGCGAGUCUUCGGGCAAAAACCUCCCCUUCCUGUCCCUCAACCCCACCCUGGUCAGCAACAUCAGCGGACCCCCCGCCGCUAACUACGCCUCCGGCCAGAAUCAGACCACCCAGCAGAGCCAAUCAGACGACCUGCUGACGUCCGGUCCAGAGCCUGUGGACCAUUUGGACUCAGAGGAGAACCAGUCGCUGUGGUUCGAGUACGGGUGUGUGUAAAGGACGGAAGGGGAGGUUCUGGCCCGCUGACAGACGCUCACACAACUCGUGCAUGAAUAUUUCUUUUUUUCCUCUUCUGGUGUUCUGAUCCAUUUCUCACCAGUUUUGACCCUGACUAUUACCUGCAUCAGGGCUAUUGUUCCAGUCAAUAGCCUGGUCCCACCCAGAAAUGAAUGUCAUUCUCCACCUGCACGUUUUUCAAGCUCGCAUUUUAAUGGCUUUUUCUUUUGGUUUUGGUGCUUAUGUGUGAUUUCCCCCCCCGGGAAGUGGGCUUCUUCUUCCUCAUAUUUGGCCCGGUGACUAAAGGGACGUUGGCGGAAGUGAAAAACGGGAGAAAAGCGAGUUUGCUUGAAGGUCGUGAUGAAAGUGAUGCUGGGGACUUGUACAUACACGCUAACUUAUAACCUCUCAAAGACGAGCACUGCUUCCUGUGCUAACUUGUAGAUUCUUUAUUUAUUCCCUCUAGUUGUUGUUGUUAUUAUUAUGUGUGUGUGUGUGUGUGUGUGUGUGUGUGUGUGUGUGUGUGUGUGUGUGUGUGUGUGUGCACGUGUAACAACCACAUUGCUUUGUCCCACAGAUGUGGAGGGCAGAAAGUCAAAAAGCAGGAGUGGCGAGCCGCCAAGCUGCUAAGCCCCGCCCACGUCUUCCCUCUGAUGGGGGCGCGU